GCUCUAUUGUCACGGUGAAGGUUUACUUGUAGGUGGAGGUUUGCUGCCCCCCACCGGAUUUGUUUCGUUAAUUUGCUCCUUUUCUAGAUAGAGGAACCUCGCAAAGGAGGAAAGAGACCAGGGGGAGCGUUGAACUGACUAAUCAUCGAAUGGACUGACUGGCCACGUACAUAGCGGCUGUCUCAAAGCACCGAGCGACACUAUCUUUCCGGAAGCAGGAAUUUGUAAACUGAUGAUCUAAUUCUACCAUGUAAUUACUAAUUUAUAGAUACAUAUACAUUUUUACUAUAUCAAUGUCCGAUAUCGAGUGGACAUUGCAUAGUAGUAGCCGAUGAGACAUAGGAUCAAAGAAACAUCGCUUUUGUUUACGGGGAGAGUGACAAGGACGGGAGUGAGAGAAAGAAAGGGGAGGGGAAUUGACAUUAAAGCAACACAACAAGGAAACCACACUGCAGAUACAGACGCCUUCAUUUUAUGUUUUUGAAUAAUAGCUCGCCAGCCAGUUUGGCGAAUUGUGUUUAUUGAACAUAUUCUGUGCAUUGCUCUAAAGUGCCCCGAAAAGAAAACCUCUUGGCGGAGUUGGAAAUAAAGCCGCUCUCCGACGCUUUCAGAGAAAUGGGCUCUGAGCCACCCUUGUCUCCACAGGUGGUGGAGGAGGGAGGAGAGGAAGAGGAGGAGGAGCUGAGUGGAGGAGAGGAGUCUGAUCUAAGGACCCCUUCAGGGCGUGGCUCCCUGCUGACUAGGCGAGGCAUCACCCUGAGAGUGCUGCUGAAGGACGGCCUGGUUGAGCCUGGGGACGGAGUGCUGUCCAUACACUACCUGGGUAAGAAGUUUGUAGGCGACCUGUUGAAUGAUGGGAAGAUCCGCUGGGUGGAGACAGGGCAGAUCUUCAACUCUCCCAGUGCCUGGGCCACACACUGCAAGCGCCUGGUCAACCCUGCCAAGAAGUCAGGCUGUGGAUGGGCCUCGGUGCGCUACCGGGGCCAGAAACUAGUGCAGUACAAGACCAGCUGGCUGCACAAGUACCAGCCCAGCGCAGACAUGAGCCUGGUAAGCGAGGGAGAAGAUGAUGAGAUGGGUGAUGAGGAGGAGGAAGAGGGGAAGACGGCAGUGCUGACAGAUGACAAGAACAGGAAGAACAAACCUGAGCUGCAUGAUAUCAGCCUUGUGCCCAGGAGAGGAGACAGAGAGCGAAUCCCUGUCAGAUACUGCACUCUGGGUACCAGGGAUGCUGCAAGGGAUCCACACACGUUGGUGGAGUUAUCUGCUUUCUCAGCCAUCAACAGGUUCCAGCCUUUCAAUGUUGCUGUAUCCAGCAACGUGCUGCUUCUUAUGGAUUUCCACUGUCACCUGACCACCAGUGAGGUGGUGGGCUACCUCGGAGGACGAUGGGACACUAACACACAACUUCUGACAGUUUUAAGAGCAUUUCCCUGUCGUACACGAUUGGCAGAUAGAGAUUCGGCCUCUGCUGUUGAAGAAGAGAUAUGCCAGAAUCUGUUCAUGCGAGGGCUGUCAUUGGUGGGCUGGUACCACAGUCACCCUCGGGGCCCCGCCCUGCCGUCCCUGCAGGACAUUGACUCCCAGAUGGACCACCAGCUGAGGCUCCAGGGGAGCAGCAACGGCUUCCAGCCCUGCCUGGGCAUCAUCUGUGGCCCCUAUUACCAUGGGAACCAGGGUGUGGCAUCCACUAUAACGCCGUUCUGGGUAGUGCCACCCCCUGAGCAAAGGCCCAAUGACUAUGGCAUCCCUGUGGCGGUGGAGGUGACCUAUGUACAAGAUAACUUCCUAACCAGUGAUGUCCUGAAUGAGAUGAUGCUGCUGGUGGACUUCUACAGGGCAGCCCCUGACCUGGUGCAGUUCCAUCAGUUCUGGUGUCCUGAUACCACCAUGAUGGACAAAAUCAAGGGCUCUCUGAGUGGCCAUGCACCCAAAGACCAGGCCUAUUCUCAGAUCCUGGAGCAUGUCUACAACCAACUCAUCAAUACACACUAAGCUGGAGGAGAAACGAGGUUGGGUGUAUGCAAUGGCUUCAAAUGAAAAUCUAUAUAGUUCACUACAUUUGUAGGUCUCUAUAUAGGGAAUAGGCUCUACACAGAGAAUAGGUUGUCAUUUCUGACCUUUGUCUGUGGCGCUUCAACUGCUGCCCUGACCUCAGACAUACUGUAAGUGAAUCUGCACUGUCCUGAUGGAGAUGGUGACUCCUGAGUCCAGAGGGCGAGUGUACUGCUCUCCAUGGCCUUUUCUUACUGUGAGGUCUUUAUCACUGACAUUGUUUGUACAGUAUGACAUGAUGUGCGUGCUGUGAAUGUGUCCCCUAGCGUCUGCUGCCAGUGCUUGACGUCAGACUGUUACAGAAGUUGACAUGGAAAUAAGGAUCUUCGUCUUCUCUAUUACCUGUGGUGUAUUUAUCUAAACUGUGGUCUGUGACAUGUGGAAGUACUAAUAUGAGAAGAAUGCUUUGAACCUGCUGAAUAUCUAAUACAUUAAAAACACACACUGGAGCUA